AAUAAUAACUAAAAGUUAAAGAAAGAAGAUGAGUUACCAAUAUCCACCUGGAGGAGGAUAUCCUCCACAAGGGGGCUACCCACCACAAGGAUACUCAUAUCCUCCUCCUUCUGCUUAUCCUUCUUCUGGAUAUCCUCCACCUAACUAUGGUUAUUCUGGUUCUUAUCCAUAUCAGCAAGGGUAUCAUCAUGGUCAUGGAGGCACUGGAUACUAUGGUGGGGGUCAGCACCAUUUGGGUCAUGGAACUGGUGGCUACUACACUCAUGGAGGCUACUAUGGUCACGGUCAUGGCCAUGGCAAGUUCAAGCAUGGCAAAUAUGGAAAGCAUGGUGGCAAGUUCAAGGGUUGGAAGUGAACAGAAACACUUCCCCAAAUAAUCUUAUAUGUGCAAUGAUAAGAGAGUACUGGCCUGGCCUUUCAUCGUCUUCAUCUUCUGAUGCAUGUCUGCUCUCUCUUACUGAUUGCUUAAUAAGUUAUCUAAAAUAAGCCAUAACACUUUGUAUAUGGCAUGACAUUUAUCUUAUUAUUGAUACAAAGAGCUGUUUGAUGUAAUAAUGUCUCUCAUGUUUUGAUUUUGUGCGUUCACAUAAGCCUCUUCUAGACUUUGUGCAAAACUUCAAAUUCGGUUUCAGUGCUUCUAUGAUGAGAUGAAAACUGAUCUUUUC